CUCCCUGUUCAGGAGUUGUCCAGACCCUCGCGGUGUGGUGAACUUCUGAGCUCCGGCCAAUCCACCCUCCAGCACCCAGGGGAAGGGACGGUACCACCUCCCAGCUCUGGCUUCCAUCCCCUUCAGCUCUUUCCAGGGGUCGGAGGACAGGGUCCACCCUGCGCGUGAUCCUUGAUGCCCGGCCUUUGCCCCUCCCUCCGGGUGGAGCUUCCUCAUCAUCGCCAGACUUAACCUGAGGCCCACUGGAUCUCAAGGCCACACAUCUGUUCACGCUCAGUGUUCGUGCGAGAGAGUAAUGGCUUCCUGUGUCCUGCACACUGGGCAGAAGAUGCCCCUGAUUGGUCUGGGUACCUGGAAGAGUGAGCCUGGCCAGGUGAAAGCAGCUAUUAAGUAUGCCCUUAGUGUGGGCUAUCGCCACAUUGACUGUGCUGCUAUCUAUGGCAAUGAGACUGAGAUUGGGGAGGCUCUGAAGGAGAACGUGGGACCAGGCAAGACAGUGUCUCGGGAGGAACUGUUUGUGACAUCCAAGCUGUGGAACACCAAGCACCACCCUGAGGAUGUGGAGCCUGCUCUCCAAAAGACACUGGCUGACCUCCAGCUUGAGUAUAUGGACUUGUACCUGAUGCACUGGCCUUAUGCCUUUGAGCGGGGAGACAACCCCUUCCCCAAGAAUGCCGAUGGGACUAUACGCUAUGACUCUACCCACUACAAAGAGACCUGGAAAGCUAUGGAGGCACUGGUAGCAAAGGGCUUGGUGCGGGCGCUGGGCCUGUCCAACUUCAACAGUCGGCAGAUUGAUGAUAUACUCAGUGUGGCCUCUGUGCGCCCAGCUGUCUUACAGGUGGAAUGCCACCCAUACUUGGCUCAGAAUGAGCUAAUUGCCCACUGUCAAACACGCGGCCUAGAGAUGACUGCUUUUAGCCCUUUGGGAUCCUCUGAUCGUGCGUGGCGUGAUCCUGAUGAACCUGUCCUGCUUGAGGAACCAGUGGUCCUGGCAUUGGCUGAAAAGUAUGGCCGAUCUCCAGCUCAGAUCUUGCUCAGGUGGCAGGUCCAGAGGAAAGUGAUUUGCAUCCCCAAAAGUGUCACCCCUUCUCGUAUCCUUCAGAACAUUCAGGUGUUUGACUUCACUUUUAGCCCAGAAGAGAUGAAGCAGCUAAAUGCCCUGAACAAAAAUUGGCGAUAUAUUGUACCCAUGCUAACGGUGGAUGGGAAGAGGGUCCCAAGGGAUGCAGGGCACCCUCUGUACCCCUUUAAUGACCCAUACUGAGACCACAGCUUCUUGGCUUCCCUUCCAACUCUCCAGCUGUGAUGUCCUGCCACCCAGAAAGAGAAUUAAUAAAGCCAUUGGAACAUCCA